CGGCGAGAUGCGGCGCUGCCAGCGCCCCGAGCCACCGGACCUACUACAGCUCUGUGAUUGCUGAUCCAUGACUGACUGCCUCCAGAAGUCCUGGCGAUAUGGCUUCUUCUAGACUUCCCAUCCUUCUAGCAUUGGCAUUUUCUUCUUUGUCCUUUGUUCUUUCCCAUUCAAACAGGGAGAUGUGGUUUCAGGAUUUCCUUCCACCUAACAUGUGCCCUCUGUAUGCCAAAGACAACACUUUUUAUGGCAUAAUGUUUGACGCAGGAAGCACUGGGACCCGAAUUCACAUUUACACUUUUGUGCAGAAGAGCCCAGAAAGCCUUCCAGAAUUAGAAGGGGAAAUCUUUGAGUCUGUGAAGCCAGGUCUUUCUGCAUAUGCUGAUCAGCCUGAAAAGGGUGCUGAAUCUGUCAAAAGAUUGCUGGCCAUAGCUGUAGAUGCUGUGCCACCUUCUCUUUGGAAGAAGACCCCUGUAGUAUUAAAAGCCACAGCUGGACUGCGUUUGCUGUCAGAGGAGAAAGCUCAGGCUCUACUUUUGGAGGUGAGAGAAGUCUUUGAGGAAUCACCAUUUCUUGUUCCAGAGGACAGUGUUAGCAUCAUGGACGGGUCUUAUGAAGGAAUUUUAGCCUGGGUCACCGUGAACUUUUUGACAGGGCAGUUGGCUGGCCAAAAUCAGCAUACUGUUGGGAUUCUGGACUUGGGAGGAGCCUCAACCCAAAUCACAUUCCUGCCACGAUUUGAGGAAACUUUGAAGGAAACCCCCAAAGAUUUUAUUACCUCAUUUGAAAUGUUUAAUGGCACCUACAAGCUCUAUACUCACAGCUACUUGGGGUUUGGACUAAAAGCUGCCAGACUAGCAAUACUUGGAGCUUUGAAUGUGGAAGCUGUGGAUGGACAAAUGUUCCACAGCUCUUGUUUGCCAAAGCAACUGGAGGCAGAGUGGCAGUUUGGAGGAGUGAAAUACCGGUAUGGUGGCAACAAAGAAGGAGAAAUAGGAUUCAAGCCUUGCUACUCAGAAGUACUCAAGGUUGUCAAAGGGCAACUGCACCAACCAGAAGAGAUUCGUGGAAGCUCCUUCUAUGCCUUCUCCUAUUACUAUGAUCGAGCAGCUGACACCAACCUAAUUGAUUAUGAAGAGGGGGGUGUUUUGGAAGUGAGAGAUUUUGAAAGAAAAGCCAAAGAAGUCUGUGAUAACAUGGAGUGGUACAACUCAGCCAGUCCUUUCCUCUGUAUGGAUCUCACUUACAUCACUCUUUUACUAAAGGAGGGGUUUGGAUUUAGGGACAACACAGUCUUACAGCUAACAAAGAAAGUAAACAACAUAGAGACAAGCUGGACUUUGGGUGCUACCUUUCAUCUACUGCAGUCUUUAGGGAUAACCUACUGAGCUGUGACAUUCCUGUGGACUUCAGCAUUUCUGAAAGGCUGAGAAAGCAAAUUGAAACCUUCAGGUACGCCGUUGGGCUGGAGGUGAUCACAGACCAGAACAUGGGCCAAAGCUUCAGAUCAUCACAGACCUUCACCCCAGAUCAUGCAUAACGAGAGCUGCUGCAGUAUAAUUUAUAAUUGUGAUUGCCAUAAGUGAUCCAGAAGCUGCCUUCAGAAAGUCAAAAUGCCUAAACUUCCACCAGAGAAUCGGUAAGGGGCUCCAAGCCAGCUUUCACCAGCACAUUUGUAUAGGAUCCCAUGGCUAGAAGCACAGAGUACCUGGCACGUGGUGGCAGAGGCAGACACCUGACUUCACCUCCCCAUGUGUUGUUGUUUUGUUUUUAACAUACAUAAGUUUGCUUGUGAAAUGUUAAAUACAGAAACUAAAGGUAGCAGCAGCAGUCAUUCAGAGCAGAGUGAAGCACUCUGGAUCACUGCCAGCAUCAGUGUUCCAAGUACCUGGCUGUUAGCUAAUACAUUGGAAGUCGACUCCAGUCUUUCAAGAAGGGGCCUGCUAUAAGGACACUUUGGGCAUGGUUUUGGGAAAGGUGUUGACCAAAACAGAGGUUGUAAUUUUGCAAGCAUUUCUUUAGGCAGCAGUCAUUUCCUAAGCAGGAAAUGCCUGUUAGUUUCUUUCUGCUGCCCGUUACAAGUCUCUGCAUCCACAAAGUCCAUCUGGCUGCCCAACCUGACUCCUGGAUUCCUGUAGCAUGUAGUCAUAGCACAUAGCUGUACUGACACAACUAGGCAGCCGGGACAGCUAUUUAAACUCCACUGCCAGAUGAGAUGCUUGUUGCAUUACACCCACAAGGACAUUAAGGGUGCAGGGAGAUGAAGCAGCUGAUCCAGGGGUUCUCUUUGCUGCGAGAGGCAGUUCUGUUUCUUUGCUCUCAGCAAAGCACCUCCAUAGCCACCUUUCCUCUGAUACUGGUGCUCCUCAGGUUCUUUUGUGAACCAAUUCAUGAUGCCAAAGUUGAGUUAAAUCAGCUCACCCAAGAAUCAAGUCUAGUGCUAGCACAAGGCAGACAGGCAUUGUACAGCCUGGGAGACCUGGGCCAGUGAGCUGAUAAGAUCAUCACAGCCCAUUUUGUCCAAGUGAGCUCUGAGGUGUGGUUUCCUAUCUGGGCUUAUUGCUUCCUGUACUCUCCUUAGGGACCUCCUCUGAAGGCAGAGCUGUGAGGAAACAAAUUGUUUUUUAAGUUGUUUAACAGAUGAAAAUAGGAAGACAGCAGAAUUAGCAUCAGAAAGAGAGGGAGAUGAGCAGAAGUAGUUUUGCUUUCUUAUCCCAUUUGCCUAUCUCUUGCCCAUUUUUAAUUGUUUUAAACUUCAUUUAUCUUUAAUAUACUGGGAGUUAGACCCAUAAAAUAGUGUAUGUGGCCCUGCAUUGAUCCAGAAUUAUUUUUAAUAUAUACAACAGGUCUCUAGGAGCAGCGCAUCCGAUGAAAGGGUUGCAGCUAUUUAGGAAGCCCAAGAUUUCUGUCAGACAGCAAGAAGCUUUUUGAGUAACAAUUUAAAGUGCCUCUUGCCAUCUUUUCCACACCAAACACAGAAGCAGUGAAAGAUCAGUAUUUGUGAAAGUGUCCUGUCCAACAGGCUAAAAGCUGGGCUGCAGGAUCCUGGUUUUCUUGUUUAACUGGCUGUGGAGAACAUCAAGAUUGUUUGAAUAUCUUUAGUCUCCAAGUGCAAACCUUGCAUUGUCCUAAAUAGAAACAGCUGCAGAGACAAUAGUUGGCAGCUAGCUCAUAAAAAAAUUGUAUCUUCUACUCACCCCAAAAAUGUAAAGAUGAAGUUACUCAUUGUAAGAAUAGAGAGAUAUUACUUGUGGGACUAAGCAAAGCUUUUAUCCACUGGCCUCUUGUGAUUGUAAGGUGUUUGCAGUUACCCCUUUCAUAUCACACACCUUUCCUACUUCUGUAAAACCAAAGAUUGCCCUCACAAUACCUUCUCUGCAGACUGGAUUUGAAAAUAAUCAGCAAUUCCCAGCAAGGGGAGGGGGAAAGUAGCACACUCAAGCCCUCACUGAUCUUUCCAGUUUGGAGAUAUAGAAGUUUGCCCUGCUGUGUACUUCAGUUCACUUCCUCUAGUCAGGAAGAAAAGUUUGACUGUGACUGAUUAAGAUACCCCCUUCUCCUGUCUCAGCUUUUCUGGCACUAGGGUGCAAGGUGUGCCUUUGUUUCAACAAGUUCAGUCAGUAACAGGAGUCUCAGCGCUGGAGCUGCCCAUAGGUGUCCCCCCACUGACAUCUUACUCCGAAUUCAAGCUCUUUCUUUGAAAUAUGAAAUGUAUUCUGUGUUCCUCCUUGCCAGAACCUGUUUUGAGAUCCAUCUUGGGAAAUUCCUCCAAACUUCUAUUCCUUCCUCACUAUGAGCUUCUACUUGAACAUAGAAAAAAAGUUGUGGCCUUUUCUCAACGCAACAAACAUCUGAUAUUCCCUUCCUAGUGUUUGGCAAAACUUGGUGUAUGGUCUGGUCUGCACAAAGCAACUGCACAUGAAUUUGUUUUGUCUUCAGUAAAUGACUGUGCUGACUUUCUAUAUUCUCAGAGAACACGAAGUGGGAUGGAGUGGUUCCUAGCCAGGCUAUGUUACUCCUGAAAACUAGCAAAUUUAAUAAUUCAAAGGUCAUCUUUCAGUCUGAUCCAGUGCUGUGACAAACUCUUAAUAGAUCUUGGGGCUAAAAGCUGUAAGCAGUGAGGCUGUCACUGGAAAGGAACGUGGGGUGUUAUAUACACAGAGAACAAGCAGCAGCAGCAGAUCUGCCAACUGAAGAUAUGCUGAACCUGAGGAGUACUCAGGAGUUUGGUUUUGUCUGAAGGGAGGAGGAUGGUCUAGAACAUGGCAGGUACCACACAGACUAAGUUUCUUUUCUGUCUUCUUUGCCUCAGACUCUGGUACUAGAGUAGGGGGUAUCUGCUUCCCAGAACCAAAGUUGCAUGAAAUCUGAAUGCUCAGGGUGUUAUCUGAAUUGUCAGUGGUACAUUUUAUUAACUGUAGCAAAACUGCUGCUCUCUCUCAGGGGCCUGAUUCUGCAGUCACAAGAAAAACAAACAACUCUGCUCAAAGCUUUUGUUUGCAAGAAAUUGCAGAAUUUAGCUCCUGCUGUUUACAUCUGAACUACUAAAGGUGGGUGGGGGAAUCUAGAGAAACUAGUCAAGUCCUCACCCUAGUGCAAUGAGAUUAUUUAUUAGCCUAACUAAAGACUAAGCAGCCUUUUUAGAGAAGAGUUCUACUCACAGCCCUGGCUUAUAAUGUCUUUUAGCUGGUCACUAACAGGAACUGCCUAAUAACAAGCACAAGGAAUGGCUUUCAGUUCAAAACUUAGGUUUCAUUCUUUUUGAUGUUCAUUCCUGAUCCUGGUCAAGCAUAUGUGUAAAUCUGGCCCAUGGGCAGUGCUCACUUGAUUUUCUGAGUGUCAAAUAUCUAAUGCAGGAGGCUGGAAUUUGGAACCUAAGACAGAGUAUCUUGAAUGUCUAUUUUAGUAA